GCUGAGGCUGUCAUGCGUUGAUAUAGAGGCAUUUCCCAUUUGACAGAUUCACUGUAAAGACCAUUCAUUUCGUUUACUCUGGACAAGGCUUCGACGGCUAUCUUUGAUACACUCCACGAUGCAAUCAUCCAAGAACGAAGGUCAGCGACACCUGGUCGGCAUUGUCGGCAUGGCAUGUCGCGUCCCAGGCGCUUCCAACCCGAGCGAACUAUGGAGCGUCAUGGAGGAGAAACGAGACGUUGGGCGCAAGAUGCCUUCCAGUCGGUUUAACGUCGAUGCGUUUUACCAUCCCGAUGGUAAGAACAAGGCGACGGUAUAUCAAGAUAUCGGGCAUUUCGAUGCAGGCUUUUUCAAUAUCUCCGGGAAGGAGGCUGAGGCGAUGGAUCCGCAACAGCGAUUGGCUCUGGAGGUGGUCUAUGAAGCUCUGGAGAAUGCGGGUAUCCCUUAUUCCGAUAUUGCAGGCUCACAGACUUCAGUCUACUGUGGCAGUUUCACCAACGACUAUAGCAAACUCAUCGAUCGGGAUAUGCUGAACUACCCGACGUACACAGUGACAGGCACCGGGCAGAGCAUCAUUUCAAACCGUGUUUCUUACUUCUACGACCUCCAUGGGGAGAGCAUGACGAUCGAUACCGCGUGCUCCUCAUCGCUUAUCUGCCUGCAUAUGGGGGCGCAGUCUUUGAAGAGCAAAAGCUCUAACAUGGCGAUCAUCAUCGGUUCCGCCCUCCACUUUGAUCCAAAUAUGUUCAGCACCAUGGCGGAUUUUGGGAUGCUUUCGCCGGAUGGCCGCUCGCGCUCAUUCGAUGCCAACGCAAAAGGCUAUGCUCGUGGAGAGGGGGUCUGCGCGGUCAUCCUCAAGCGGGUGGGUGACGCGGAGGCAAAUCACGAUCAUAUUCGAGCGGUCAUUCGGGCGUCUGCAAUGAACCAUGACGGCGCGAAAAACGGCAUCACACUGCCGAAUGACGUAGCCCAGGAGACUCUCAUACGGCGAACGUAUGCGGAGGCAAAUAUAGCAACGCGGGAUACUGCCUACUUCGAAGCACAUGGCACGGGCACAAAAGCUGGAGAUCCCCGUGAGGCACGAGCCAUCGGUAGGGUUUUCUGCUCCGAUGACCGACCAGAACCACUGUACAUUGGCUCCGUGAAGAGCUGCAUCGGCCAUCUAGAGGGCGCUGCCGGAUUGGCGGCUGUGAUAAAAGUCGUUCUCAGCAUUGAAAAAGGCAAGAUUGCGCCAAAUAUGCACUUCUCAGAGGAGAAUCCGGACAUCGAGUUUGACAGGUGGCGAUUGCGAGUGCCGACAGAGGUCGUCGACUGGCCGCGGUCUUACGCCGUCAAAAGGGCCAGCGUUAAUUCCUUUGGAUACGGGGGAUCGAAUUGCCAUGUCGUUCUGGAGGCCUACCUCCAUCACAGUGCCGAUGACGUCCCGUUCCCUACACAAGACGGCCGGUUGUACCUAAUCCCAAUAUCAACCCACUCAGAAACAGCCGGCAGGCGAGACGUCAAGUGGCUUGCAGCCUAUUUAGACCAACACCCCCACACCAAUCUUUCCGACCUGGCAUACACACUCUCCGUCCGUAGGGCAAUUCAUCCGCUGCGGACAUACGUUGUAGCCGGAUCUACACAGGACAUGAGUUUGCUGCUAAUGGAAAAAGGGGAAUCACCAGACCCAUGGACGAGAGCAGGCAAUUGCAAAAAGAUUGGAUUUGUUUUCACCGGACAAGGAGCCCAGUGGGCACACAUGGGAGCGAGGCUGGUUACCUAUUCCGCAGUCUUCCGCCAGACACUGGAGCGCUGUGAUGCACUCCUAAAAACACUCCCUGACGCCCCAGAAUGGUCUAUCAUGGAUGAGCUGCUCAAAGAGGGAGGGAGUUCGCGGGUCAAUGAUUCGGAGUUUUCCCAACCACUCUGCACGGCAGUGCAACUCGCUCUGGUCCAUCAUCUUCGAGAAUGGGGGGUCACGCCGUCCGCUACGGUUGGUCACUCAUCUGGCGAAAUUGCCGCCGCCUACGCAGCAGGUCUCAUAUCGCUCAGUACUGCAAUGGUAACGUCCUUUUUUCGAGGGCGAUACACCUCAAGCAAGCGCCCGGAGGCUUCCUUGAACCCCGGCGGCAUGCUGGCAGUGGGCAUGCCUCUGGCGGAGGCGAAAAGGGCUAUAGAGCCAUAUCAGUCGCGUAUAUGUGUGGCUGCCAUCAACAGUCCUUCCAGCGUCACCCUAUCCGGUGAUCUCGAUGCUAUCACCGCACUGAAAAGCCAGCUUGACGAACGGAAAGUCUUCGCUCGGCAGCUGAUGGUGGCCCAGGCCUAUCACUCCCACCACAUGACGCCAUUCGCUGAGAAAUACCAGCAAAGCAUGGAAGCCAGCCAGCUUUUCGAACGGGCUACCCCGUCUGAUAUCCCGAUGUUUUCUAGUGUCACGGCGCGUCGUCUGACAGCGGAAAAGUUGGACGCCAGAUACUGGGUGGAUAAUCUUGUCUCUCCCGUGAGGUUUUCGGAUGCCUUGACCGGCACGGUACUCGACGAACUGGAUACGCAGCAGAUCGACGUUCUCCUUGAAGUAGGACUGCAUCCAGCGUUAAAGGGUCCAGUGAAGCAGACUCUGGCAGCUUUGAACACCGAUAUACCCUAUAUCGGAACCUUGCAGCGGAAUAAUGAUGACUUCAGUGCCAUUAUCAACACCGCCGGGCAACUCUUUCUUCUGGGUUAUCCUUUAGCAUUAGACCAUGUGAAUAUGGAUUCGACCAGGUCAAGUCAAUCAAAGUGGUUGGGAAAUCUACCGACAUACGGCUGGAAUCAUUCCAAGUAUUGGGCUCAGUCCAGAUUGGCCACGGCUUAUCUUCAGCGCAAGUACCGUCACUUUCUACUCGGUGUGCCACAGCCGGACUCCACGCAGCAAACAAAUCGAUGGAGACAUUUCCUCCGGCUUAGUGAAGUGCCUUGGUUAGCAGACCAUAGGAUUCAAGGAUCCACCGUGUUUCCGGCGGCAGGAUACGUCAGUCUGGCCGUCGAGGCCGGCUUUCGAGCCUUUGAGGGCGAACAGCGGUCUAUCCGUCGAGCUGUGCUACACAACGUGACGAUCAAGUCCGCGCUCAAACUCACUGAAAACGAACCCGGAGUUGAAAUUGUGUUCGAGCUGCGGUCUAUUUCGUCGACUGGGACGAAUGCCUCGUGGCAAUUCCUGCUAUGUUCGUAUAAUGCGGAGGGACAGUCCCGGGAGCACUGCAACGGCACUAUCUCAAUCGAACUAGGUAGCCCAAUGUCGCUCCGUCAAGGACGACAACACGAUCAGCUAGCUCGUCAAAUGAAGAAUACUGAUCGAGUUGUCUCUUUUAUGUCGUUGUAUGACAAGCUGUCUGGCAUUGGGCUGCAAUACUCCGGUCAGUUUAGGCUCCCCGAUGACCGAAUAGAGUCAUGUCCUGGAUUUGCCACUGCAAGCUUGAGCCGCGGGCAGAGCAGUUCCACUUCCCACGAAGAGGAUCAGUGCCUGUUGGAUCCAGCAUUUCUAGACACAAGCUUCCAUCCUAUUUUCGCGGCCAUUGAAGCCGCAAACGCCCACCCUUUGACCGGAGCCCUUCUUCCCACCUCCUUCCGCACGAUGGAGAUCUCGGGCCUUGCCUUGGAUAAUGAGGACAGGCGGUUCCUGGCGGAUGCACGAGUUCUCGCGGAAGCAAAGCAAAUAUCCUCCCGUUCUGUCGAGGCCAACCAUGAGAUCUGCACGUCGGACGGGGCCACCAGCCUGGUUUCGUUGGAUGGCCUCGUGAUGACCGCUGUUGGAGAAGCAACCCAGACUGACAUCCAGCGCUCUCCGUUUCAACGAAUCCACUGGCUGCCGGCAUUCAGCUUUUUAGAUGAUACUGGCAGCCCAGCUGUCGGGACUGCCCACCAUAUGACUGAGAUGCUUAGCUUUUAUGCUCACCAAUACCCCAACAGCUCCAUCCUGCACAUCACUUCAGAUCUUACCACCACCCGUGAUUUGCUUCAAAUUCUUGGGGGCCGGACCCCAGAGCGGCGUAGAUAUAACACUCUAACUGCUUUUGCGGACUCCGAGGAUCUGAAAGAAACAGAAGCGGCACGCAUAUUGCAGAAUGAUGGCUGGGGCCCGAUUUCAUGGGACGCUCCUCACAGUCAAACCUAUGACUUGGUAGUGAUGUCGCAUGCAACCUCGCUCGUUCCAGGGAACUUGUUGAAAGAUGGUGGAUUCAUCCUACGACCAGCCCAUGUCGAUUGGGAGCCGUCGCAGUCGCUGGUAAAACGGUUUUCACACCAUGAAAUAGAGUGCUGGCAGGAAAGAGGAUCGAAGGCGCCCGUCGUCAAUUCUCCGGGAGCGAUUGGCAUUGUCCGCACACACGACCCGGCGGACAGGACCAUGGCUAUCAUAUCGAUUCUUGAAACCCUCGCGAAGCGGCCUGCGUUACAGACAUCCCUAGACGAGAUUGCACAUGGGACUGUUCAAACACCCGAGGAUAUUGUGGUGCUCAGCAGUUUGGACGAUGAUGUUCUCUGCGACAUGUCAAACAGCAAGAGAAGUGAGUUUGAGGGAGUCAAGGCAAUGGCGACCAUGCAGCACAAGCGUAUUAUUUGGGUUCUCGAGGGUGGAACCUAUCGACCCACGAACCAAAGGCAAGCCCUUAUUAAUGGCAUGAUGAGAUGCCUCCGCAGUGAAAAUAACCUGUUGCGUAUUAUUGUCCUCGAUGUCUCCCAGGGGUCUGACGCCGAAUGCAUCGCUGCCUCUGUCCAACGUCUUCUGGCCGACACUGAUGUUGGGGAAGAUGAAAUCGCCGUGCGGGAUGGAAUUCUGUAUAUCCCUCGACUUGUAAUGGAAGAUUCACUCAAUCGCAAGCUACACAAUGGAUAUGGCCGUGUGCCCACGAUGGAAUUCUUUCAUCAGUCCCAGCACUUGAAGCUUGACAUAGGAGGCACCGGAAGGCUGGACUCUGCGAUGUUCGAGACAUGCACGCUUGAGCCUCCCUUAGGGGACGAUGAACUGGAGAUUCAAGUUCAUGCUUUCUCCGUGACGCCUCGGUGGUUGCAGACAUCCUUGGGCAAGUCCCUCGGCAGCGAAGCCCAACAUUCUAUCUUGGAUGGAGGUGGCACCGUCACCAGCGGGGACUGUGCGGGUAUCGUCAUACGCAAAGGUCGGAGCAUUCGCGACCAGGACUUCGUCGUUGGAGACAGAGUUGUGGUCCUUCGGCCUCCCGGAGGCUCACAUCGGAACGUCAUCCGGUGUGCUGCUUCCUGUUGCCGUCGCAUUUACGGACAGGACUUCAAGACUGCAGCGUCAUGGUCAUCACUGCUGAGCGCAGUCUGCUACUCCCUAAUCCAUGUGGCACAGGUCCAGCGCGGGGAGUAUAUUCUCAUUGACGCUGUAGAUAGCGGAUUUGGGCAGAUGGCCACUCAACUGGCUCAGCACCUCGGCGCCAUCGUUCUUGCUGUAACCCGUUCUGUAGAGCAAAAGCGUCAGGUAAUGCGCCUUGUGCCGUCCCUGAUGGAUGAUCAGAUUCUUGUUUGCGACAGCGAUGAGGGGGCAUUGUUGGACUAUGUGUUGUCAGUCACCAACCACCGAGGCGUCAGCGUCCUGCUCAGCAACCGGACAGGUCAUAUAGCUCAUUUCCAACAGCGAUUGCUGAUGCCACUGGGUCGCUACAUCAACUUUGCCGUACUGGAGCCACUUCGAGGAGAUGCCAGAGAAGCGAGGACAGGCACAGACGGCAGCAGUACCGCCCCCCCUGGGAUUAUGAGCUUCCACCUAGAUUUAGACAGUCUCAUUCAACACAAGCCUUCGAUCGCCGAGGAUAUUCUCAAGCAAGCCCAGGAUUAUCUUCAGCGUGGAAUCAUUCAGUUGCCCGGUAAUACUUCGGCUUUUCCAGUCUCCCAGGCUCCAGAGGCAUUACACUGGCUGCAAUCCGAGCGGACGGCAUCACAUGUCGUUCUGACCAGUGAAGUCUCCAGCCGGGUCUUGAUCAGACCGGUCACAUACCGACCCAACCCAAAUCUUUUCGACCAACAAAAGAAGUACCUGCUGGUCGGCGCUCUGACUGGCAUUGGGGCUGCCCUGGCAGAGUGGAUGGCCCGCAACGGAGCGCGCCACCUGGUCUUUCUUUCGCGCUCCGGGGACCGCAAGCCGGGCUCGCAAUCUCUGAUCCAGUGGCUCAAAGCCCGGGGGGUGCAUUGCUCAGUCCAUGCUGGCGACGUCUGUGAUACUGCGACCGUGGAGAGAUGUGUCGCCAGUAUCGGCACGGCGCUGGGGGGCGUAUUCCAUGCCGCCGCGGUGUACCAAAAUUCACCCCUUCACCUCAUGUCCUUCGACCAGUGGAAGGCGGCACUGGCACCGAAACUAAACGGACUGGAAGCGUUGGACCAGGCGACGGCGCAUCGAGACCUGGACUUUUUCAUCUGCUUCUCGUCUGUAUCGGUGAUCAUUGGCACCAAAGCCCAGGCAAAUUAUAUCGCAGGGAAUGCGGUCAUGGACGCACUCAUGUACAAUCGGCGACAGCGCGGUCUGGCCGGCAUGACGAUGAAUGUAGGCGUCGUCGCCGACCAGGGAGUGGUAGCCCGCGAUCCCAAGCUGAGGGCCUUACUGGAGCGUAACGGCUAUGGUGUGCUGGAUUCCUACGAGCUGUUCUGCCAGGUCGAGGAGGCUGUCCGGAGCGGCAAGCCCCCGUUUCCCCCGACGGAACAGGGACCGGAGACACAUCAAAUUAUCUCUGGUAGUCAGGUCAUCAACCCCAGCUGUUUCUGGUAUCACCGGCCCUUGUUCCGUGGCUUGGCUGCGCACUAUGAGCAUGAGAAACACGGCUCGGGAUCUUUCGCGGCCUCAGGGUCGGAUGAGCUCGACUUGAAAAUGCGCAUCAAUUCGACGCCUGAUGCUGCCAGUCGCGUGGAUCUUCUGCUAUCUGUGUUCAUCACCCAGUGGGCCAGGAUCUCGGGCAUCCCGAGCGACCAGAUCGAGCCCAGCAGAUCGUUGGCGAGCUAUGGGCUUGACUCGCUUGGAGCCACAGACGCGCGUAACUGGUUUCUGAAGACCGUUGGCGUGGAUAUACCUGUCUUUGAAAUAUUCGACGGCGCCUCCAUACAAACCCUUAUUGCGCACGUCGUCGACUGUAUCCCGGUGUUAUCUCUGGAACAGGAAGACAGGAAGGAAGGUCCAGAGAGGGCCGGGGAGCCAGUAUCGCCCUCGUUAACACAGAUACCCAGUGAUUCCAUCAGUCGACAGCAUCGGCCGGAGAAGAUCCCCAUGUCAUCGCAUCAGCGACGAUUCUGGUACCUGCACAACCUGGUGCUCGACAAGGCGCAUUUCAACGUGCCGGUCGUCUGCCAUCUGAAUGGAGUGCCGGGCCACAACACCCUGCGACGGGCACUGGCGGCCUUCCGGCAGCGCAAUGAAAUCCUGCGGACGGCGUUCGUACAAGGCGACGACUUUCCCGAGCAAGUGCCCCUUGAUCUACCAGGCUAUGACAUCCCAUUGAUUGGUUUGUCCACCGCUGCAGAUCCUCAGCAGGCGCUUGUUGACCGGAAAUCCCAGCUGCGGGCCCUUCCGCUCAACAUCGAAGAAGGCGAAACCAUGCGUCUGGAAUUGGUGAAGACCGGUGUCUCCCAGUACUCCCUGCUGGCCAGCAUCCACCACAUUGUGUGUGAUCGCGGCAGUUCAUCGAGUCUUCUGACCCAGAUCUGCGCAUUGUACGAUGCCAUUGCUGCCGGCCACAGGGAACACUGGACAGUCCCUCCAGUUUCAAUACAGUAUAUCGACUUCACCUUGUGGCAGCAAGACCUACUUCUUGGCCCGGCGAUGCAAGAACACUUAGCCUUUUGGCGACAGAAGCUGGCUGAUAUCCCACCAGUCAGUGCGUUGCUUCCGUUUGCGAAGAAUGAGCGUCCAACGCCGCAGAUCUUUCGAACCUCAACUCACUACGCUACACUUGAUCCGAAUUAUUUCGCACGCCUGCGGCGGAUCUGUGGGUCUGCAGAAGUAACCAUCCCCCAGUUCCUUGUUGCUGCAUUCCGGGCUAUCUUUUACGGGCACACGGGCGAGGAAGACCUCGUCAUUCACAUGGUGGAUGGUCGUCGACCUCAUCCAGAUGUUGAGCAGAGCUUUGGCAACUUUCUCAACCUGAUUCCCCUCCGCUUGCGCUGCGAGUCCAAUUCGACUUUCGAGAGUCUUCUCAGUGACGUGAAAAAAACCGUGCUAAAGGCCCUCGCGCACAGCAUUGUACCAUUCGACCGCAUUCUGGAAGAGCUGCGAGUCAAGCCCAGUCGCAGCCAUUUCCCGCUGGGCCAAGUUGCGUUCAACUACCAGAUCCAUGGCCAGAUGCUCCAUUACCGGACGGCGGAUUUUGUCAUUGAUCAGUAUAUUACCGAGGACAUCGAAACGCCCUGCGAGGUUCAGCUUGAGGCCAUUGAAGAUGCAAAGGGGGGUCUCGGAUUCCGUCUGCAAAGCUCCGAGGGCGUGUACAACAGCUCCGACAUGAGUGCCUUCCUGGGGAAAUUUGUCACCUCCCUGGAGUGUAUAAUCAAAGACCACCGCCAGCCAAUUGCCGAGAUGCCUAUUUUUCCAAUCAAGGACCAGCAUGUCUGCAGUGGCAUGUCUCCUGGCAACAGUAAUGAAGCGGUACCGUUGCAUCACCGGGGUAUUUCCCAAGCGAUUUCGCACUGGGCAUCACAGACCCCCGCCGUCGUCGCGCUAACGGACUCGUCUGGGGCAUCGCUGACCUACGCCCAGCUCGUGGAGGGAGCCCAGCGAGUGGCAGCAAUGCUCCAAGCAAUGGGUUCUCGCCCCGGGGAUCAUGUUGGCAUCUUAUCUUCCCCUGGAAUCGACAUGUUGCUUGGUCUGCUUGGUAUCGUCUUCUGCCGUUGCGGAUACGUGGCCAUGGAUCCCCAGGCAGGGGUGGAGCGGCUGAUCUACAUGGCUAAUGAUUCGGGCAGUUCCAUAAUUCUCAUUGGAGACGGCUUGUCCCAUGAUGCAGUGAAAGGUUCAUCUCAGCUCGAUGGAUUCUCCCAGCGCCUGGUGAGUAUCAAGGAUGCACUCAGAAACCCGACGGAAGCGGCUGUGCCAGUGGCCUCUGCGGAUGAUCCUCUCUACGUGACUUAUACCUCGGGAAGCACCGGAACCCCGAAGGGGGUGGUCAUGAGGCAUCGCAAUGCCCUACCGAUGCUGCAGACCCUGCAGGCCCAGUUUUGCUUCGGUCCCCAGGACCGAUUCCUGCUCGCAACCUCCAUCUCAUUUGACUUGUCUGUCGUCCAGAUAUUCACUCCUCUCAUGGUUGGAGGUCGAGUGUGCAUCGCAUCUGAGGAGACCCGGCAUGACCCCAUACGCCUAGGCGAUUUCAUGCGGUCUGCGCAGGUAACUUUUACCUAUUUUACACCGACUCAGUUUGCCAUGGUAUUGGAAAACGCACCGGACACCCUGAAGGCCUGCCGUCAAUGGCGUCACGCAUUCUUCUGCGGCGAGGUGCUGCCUGUCCGACUCCUGAACGCGUUUUACGAUCUGGGCACUGGAGCGGCUCCAUACAAUGCAUACGGCCCGUGCGAGGCCAUGGUUCAGGUCGCCAUUCAUCACGCCGAGUAUUCGUCCCACGGGGCAUCGGAUGUACCCAUUGGGCGUCCUCUUGAGACCGCAGAAUGCUUCAUUGUGGAUGAGACCCUUCAGAACCUGCCGGACGGGGAGAUAGGAGAGAUAUGUAUUGGCGGGCCCCAGGUUGGCGACGGGUAUCUAAAUCAACCCCAAGAGACGGCCAAAUCUUUCCUUCCCAGUAAGACGCCGCGCGAGUCGAAGGUCUUCCGGACCGGUGAUCUGGGCUACGUGGGCCACGAUGGCCUGAUGCAUUUCGUGGGGCGUGCGGCCGGAGAUACCCUUGUCAAGCUUCGAGGCUUCCGGAUAGAUCUGCAGGAUAUCCAGCACAACAUCCGCGACUGUUGCCCUGAAAUCACAGCGGCCUGCGUGGUUGCGCGAUCAGUGGGCGAUGAGGAUUCCACGAUGGCGGAUCGCCGACAGCUGGUCGCAUUUGUCGUGCUAUCCAUGCCCAGCGAUAAACAGGGCAUCAUCAGCCGGCUUCACCGCGCUCUCCACAAGCGCUUAUCCCCCUACAUGCUUCCAUCGGCAUACCAGGUCCUCUCGGCUCUGCCGUUGACCAUUAGUGGCAAAACGGACCGACGCAGUCUAAUACAGCGACCACUUCAACUGAUCCGCCCCAUGACUUCGGGGCGCGAGACGAACGGAAAACCAGGUUCGGUGGAAUAUCCCAGCAUCUUGGAGUUUGUUCGGGACCAGUUCUACAGCAUCCUCAAGUUAGACCCCGAGCAACCCGUUGGCGCCGACGAUAGUUUCGUUGCCAUCGGGGGGCAAAGCAUGCUCCUGAUGACCCUCCAGGGCAAAAUCAAUCAGCACUUCUCCGUCAAAACACUCUUGGCAGACCUUCUGGCCCUGCCCACGCCGGCCGGUAUCGCCCUCACCAUCCAGCGGGCGUUGGGGCAUGGCGAUGAGACUGCUGUGGAAACUCACGAGCCGGCCCAUAAUAGUGGACCAGUAAAGACGUCGCAGCCCGAGGUGGAUUGGGAACAGGAGACUCUCCUGCCGCUGUACAACUGCUAUCAGCCUCCCCUGGGCGGUCCAUUUCCGCCGACUGACCGGGUGAACGUGUUGGUUGCUGGGGUGGACACAUUCCAGGGCAUUCAUCUUCUCUGGGAGCUACUCGCCCACUCCACCGUGAUCAUUCAUGUCAUCGGCACCACCCAUCCCAUCAAGCACAGUGACCUUCUCCAGCAGCUUCAGCGGUUCGCCUUGAUCCCCCCAGGCAGUCUAUACCGCGACAUGAUUUGGGCCCGAGCUCGGUGCUACCCAGGGGAUCUUGCCCGCCCGCAUUUCGGCCUCACUGAUAGGCAGUUCACCGAUCUCGGCGCCAAGGUCCAGAUGAUAUACAGUGUUGGCACACAGGUGUCCCUCGUGCAGGGCUACACGAACCAAAAAGAGAUCAAUAUGAAACCUGUUCUUGACACGAUCGAACUGGCAGCCUGCGGCCCCCACGUUUCCCAAAUCCACCACCUCUCUACUUACAGCGUGCUCCACCUACAAUCUUGGACUCACGCUCAACGUUCGCGCGCCGUCAUCACAGCAGCCGAGGAAGCACCUUCCUCGUUCCGGCCUCCCCCUACAAAUGACCAGGGAUACAUCAAAGCCCGUUGGGUCGCGGAGAUAAUCCUGACCAAGGCCGCAGACAGAGGAAUCCCCGUCACGAUCUAUCGAGCUGCCCCGCCCACCGCGAGCACGCAGACCGGCGCAUCACCGCCAGCAAAGGACCCCGUCAGCUUGUUUGCCUUGACGAUGCUGAAAACGGGGCUGGUGCCGCGACUCGGGUCCGAUCAGCUGCGCAUGGUCAUCGAUCUGGUCCCCGUGGAUGUCCUCGCCUCGUGGAUGCAUUGUCUGUCGAUGAGCGCUCCCAGGGAACCAUGCCCAGAAAUACGAGGGAAUAGUCGACUGGCGGUUCGCCACCUUGUCAACCCAUCUCCUCUUCCGCUAGAACAGCUCCCCGCAGUGAUUAGUGGAAUCUGUGAGGAGGUAGACGAGGGCCAACUUGUCGCGCUGGACACAUGGAUUGCCAGGGUCGGAGACACAUUCGUGGGUGCCAACGAACAUGAUAUGUUGCUGUGGACGGCGCUGGUCAGGUUAUUCAGGUCGGGUCAUGUUAUAUUUCCGUUGGAUCGGGCGCAGACCGAGCAGGCCUUGGACGGUUGUCCUGGGGCAUUGGUUUGCCCCCCAGUUGAUCGGGCGUACUUGGCUGGGUUGUUGUGAGCCGCGGUGUAGACAGGUCUCUUUCCUCAGACUUUUUCUCAUAAAGAAUCAAAAAUGUACGGAAACAUAGUAUACUUUCCGGUAUGAAUAAACAAGUAGCUGAUGAGAGUGAUGCUCCUGGAUUAAUCUUUCGAGGGAGACAGCAAGUCCCCGUACAUGGAACAAACCCCCUCAGCCUCUAUUUUGCCCUUGUA